CUCACUCACACCACCCCCACUCACCUCCUCCACACCCCAGCAUGGCCGCGUCCACCAUGUCCAUCUGCUCCAGCACUUGCUCCGACUCCUGGCAGGUGGACAACUGCCCAGAGAGCUGCUGCCAGCCCCCCUGCUGUGCCCCCAGCUGCUGCGCCCCAGCCCCCUGCCUGACCCUGGUCUGCACCCCAGUGAGCUGUGUGUCCAGCCCCUGCUGCCAGGCGGCCUGUGAGCCCAGCCCCUGCCAAUCAGGCUGCACCAACUCCUGCACGCCCUCGUGCUGCCAGCAGUCUAGCUGCCAGCCGGCUUGCUGCACCUCCUCCCCCUGCCAGCAGGCCUGCUGCGUGCCCAUCUGCUGCAAGCCUGUCUGCUGUGCGCCCGUCUGCUGCAAGACCAUCUGCGGCAAGUCCAUCUGCUGUGUGCCUGUCUGCUCUGGGGCUUCCUCUUCAUGCUGUCAGCAGUCUAGCUGCCAGCCGGCUUGUUGCACCUCCACCCCCUGCCUGCAGGCCUGCUGUGUGCCUGUCUGCUGCAAGCCUGUGAGCUGUGUGCCCAUCUGCCGCAAGCCUGUCUGCUGUGUGCCUGUCUGUUCUGGGGCUUCCUCUUCAUGCUGCCAGCAGUCUAGCUGCCAGCCGGCUUGCUGCACCACCUCCUGCUGCAGACCCUCCUCCUCCGUGUCCCUGCUCUGCCGCCCUGUCUGCUGCCGCCCGGCCUCCUGCGUGUCCCUCCUCUGCCGCCCCACGUGCCCCCGCCCGGCCUGCUGAGGCCUCUGCUCAGGCCAUAAGUCCAGCUGCUGAUGGCCUUGGAUGUCAUCCAGAGUCCCUUCCCCCCUGGGGCUGACCUCCCAGCUGCCGCAGCCAGCCCUGCACUCUCUGGCUUUGACACCCUCAGAGGAUCGGGCAGGCUGUUUGUGUCGGAGACCAGGAUGAUCCCCCAGUCCUUCCCAGAUGCUGGCUGCACGGGGGACCCCAGCUGUGCCCCAGAUCCCAGCUCCGCAGAACCAACCACCAACAGGCCUGGUCUCACCCUCAGCAGCACCUCGUCUGAGUCCUAAUAAAGCCGUCCCUGUCUCACACCAACCUCUGUGUUGUCUGUGGACCCUCGGGGGUGGGGGGACAGGGUGAGGUGGGAAGUGAUGCCACCCCUGACUGCAGGGACAGUCCUGACCCCAGGAGGGCUGGUUGCACCCUGGGCAGCGCACGUUCUGUGUCCUAA